CCCUCACGUGACCAAGACCUCAGUUUAAGCGCGAGUUUUUAUACAAACUAUCCUCACAGAAGUGUCUUUUAUAAACCAAAUUACCACGUUUUCAGGCGGGAUACUCCAAGGACAUCGCCUAACGUUAAAGCGGAAUGGAAGCGGCACCGUCGACUCAAACGAGCAGUACAAAAGGUCUUCAAUCUGGCAAACAAAUAAAAGACCACAGUAAAGUUAAACGUAAAAUUCCCCGGGAUGUUGAAAUGGACAUUGAAUACCUGUAUGAAGUUGUGCCACAGCUGUCGCGAGUUUUCAGAAUUACUGACAAAAUUGGAGAAGGAACUUUCAGUUCAGUCUACCUUGGAGAGGCACAGAUAACCAGUGGUAAGAGAGAGAAGUUUGCCCUUAAACAUCUUAUUCCCACAAGCCACCCGGUGCGCAUAGCUGCAGAAUUGCAGUGUCUAACUGUUGCUGGUGGUAAAGAAAAUGUGAUGGGAGUCACUUACUGCUUUAGGAAGGACCACCAUGUGGUGAUUGUUAUGCCCUAUGUAGAGCACCAAGCCUUUGUGGAUAUUGUUGGCACACUGAGUUAUGAGGAAGUGCGACAGUACAUUUAUCAUUUACUCAAAGCCUUGAAGCAUAUACACAAGUUUGGAAUUAUCCACCGUGACAUAAAGCCAACAAAUUUUCUGUACAACAGGCGGGAAAAGAAGUAUGCACUGGUGGAUUUUGGGCUUGCGCAGGGCACUCCUGACACUCAGAUACAGUUGCUAAAGGUGCUGAAAGCUAAGACUCAGAGAGGUGAUGGGUCUGCAGGCAAAUGUGAGGACACACUGGGGAAACAGGCACUAGUACCCUUACCACCCAACAAGAGGAGUCCUGUAGGCCAUUCAUCCACAAAAGCUUCAGCAAAAAAGCCAUGCCCGUCCACAUGCAUGAAGCACGGCAAGGAAUUGAUGGGACUUUGUAAGGCAUCUCGUUCUGUAUUUGGGGAGAGAAACCUCAACAGCAUAAACCAUAAUAAUCUCACAGAUAAAAUCGAGGGACACCUGGUAAAACCAUCAAAGGCAGUUGAGAUCACUGCACGCAAGCUUGCUUCCAGUAAACGCCGUGUUCUCUCCACAAGAGGCCCAGCGACCAGCCAGAAGCCAAAAGAUGUGGCACUUAACCCACCUCUGACAUGCAAUUGCUACAUGACUGACCGCAUCUGUAACAUUUGCCUGUCCAGGAAACAGCAGGUGGCUCCAAGAGCUGGCACUCCAGGCUUCAGGGCUCCAGAAGUUCUGACCAAGUGCCCUAAUCAAGGAACAGCAAUUGACAUGUGGUCAGCCGGUGUCAUUCUGCUCUCUCUUCUGAGUAGCAGGUAUCCGUUCUUCAAAGCCAGUGACGACCUAGUGGCCUUAACUCAAAUCAUGACCAUUCGUGGUUCUAAAGAAAUGAUGCAGGCUGCGAAAAAGUUCGGCAAGGCUGUGGUGUGUAGCCGUGAGCUCCCUCAGCUUGACUUGAGGAUUCUCUGUGAGACCCUCAGGGGUGUUCACCCCUGUGAAGAAGACUCACUGCCAACUGAAUUCCAAGCCUCCCGGCAUCCUGCAGAUACAAGACAGGACCUCACUGACUCUGAGACACAGAGCAGCCAGUCUCACACUGACAGUAUCAAAAGCACAGGAUGGUCACGGGAUGGGGGAUGGGACAGUGUUCCUGAUGAUAUGUAUGACCUGUUGGACAAACUUCUAGACCUGAACCCAGCAACAAGGAUAACUGCUGCUAUGGCUCUGCGGCAUCCAGUCUUUAAAGACAUCAGUGAUAAGUGAAUAGUAUUGACAAAUGUCUGUCCAAAGGACAGAAUCAGAAUCCACAAAUAUUUACUCCCCUUCAACCACUUCUUUUUAAGUCCAAAACUCAUUGGGUUUGCUAUUUCAAGUUUUGCUCUAUAUAUAAAAUGGUACAUAUGAAGUGCAUUAGUUAUGUAAUAUUUUGUAUUUAAAUUUUUUUUUUUUUUUGUCAAGUUUCACAAAUAAAGCAAAAGUACUCAA